GCUGAUGUAAAUGAAUUGUAGGUCAAUCGGUCAUUGCCACUCGUUAAAGAAUCGUGCUCUUGAAUGUUGAACCUCGUUAUUAAAGGUUUUAACUAGUGUUUUUAAUAAUUAAUAAUAUAAAAAUGGCCAACGAAUUAUCGAAAGAUGAAUUAUUAUCAUUAAUUAUAAAAUGUACAAACUUUGCUGCUAAAAAACAUAAAAAUCAGCGACGACAUGAUUAUGAAGCAACACCUUAUAUUAAUCAUCCCAUAGGAGUUGCUAAUAUUUUAACUGAAGAAGGCAAAGUGUAUGAUCCAAAUGUUAUUGUCGCAGCAUUGUUGCACGACACUGUUGAAGACACUGACACGUCAAUAGAAGAAAUCGAGCGUGAGUUUGGUCCCAAAAUAAAAUCAAUUGUCGCGGAAGUGACUGAUGACAAGUCACUGCCGAGCCAAGAGCGAAAACGUUUGCAGGUGGUACACACACCUUAUAUAAGUCACGAGGCUAAGCUCGUUAAACUAGCAGACAAAAUUUACAACCUGAGAGAUCUUCAGAGAUGUACGCCAGUCGGCUGGACAAGUACUCGUGUCCAAAAUUAUUUCCAGUGGUCUAAAGAUGUAAUUCAAGGUUGCCGAGGUACCAAUGAUAAACUGGAGAAUAUAUUUGACGGAAUAGUAUCUCAACAGCCGAAAUCAAAUGGUAUUCAAUGGGCAAUAGAAUAUUUAAACUUUGUUUUUUUUAAACCAUCUGCGAAGAGUUGAUUAUUUUUUUAACAAUUUAAGGGUGAUCCCGGUGAUUGUCUCAUUCUAAUUACGAUGAUGAAAAAUAAAGACUACUCCGAGA